AAACCAGCGAAGCUGAACAGCGGAAGUGCUCGUGCGUCGUCUGCUGUGGUUUGUCUAUGAGAAGCCGCGUGGGUCUAGUUGACUUUCAGUGGGAUGCUCAACAUAAGGGUUUUGCCUGGGUGCUGAAACUUGUCUGUCGGAAAGGGUGUUUGGGGUUUGCAACUUCCUGAAGUCGGAGCCCAAAGUGAACGCUUAAAUCCACACUAAAACAAGAUGACUUCCCAGGGGGUGCGUCUGUGCAGUCUCCUGCUGCGGGAGCAUUUUGGAGAAGUGGUGGAGAAAGUGGGAACACACCUGCUCAGAGGUGGAGCACAGAAUUUAAGAACCAUCAUUCAUGAGACUGGCAUCUCACUGGACCUGGUCAAGAAGUCCUUGUGUGUGCUCGUGCAGCAUGGGGCCUGUGUGUUCAGCUCGGGCCGUAAAGGACCUGGGAGCCCCACAGAGUAUCGGACCAGCUGUGAUUGGAUUCUGAGAAUUCUGAGAUACCCGCGUUACAUCUACACUGCCAAAACCCUGUACGGUGACACCGGAGAGCUAAUCAUAGAGGAGUUACUACAGAGAGGUCACUUGACCAUGAGUAGCACAGUUAAGACAGUCGCCGACCGCCUCACACAGAACAUGGAGGAGGGUUGCUGCAUGGAUUACAACGAAGUGUCUUCUGCCUUCGCCAAACUGGUGGAGACUCAUUUUCUUCAGCGCUGCCCCUCGAUGGUGGGACCAGGAACAACAGCCAGUGCCACUCCAGCUACCCCUGCAACCACUGGUACUCCAGCUGCCCCUGUCAGCAUUGCUGUGCCCACGGCAGAGAGCUUCCCCGACUGUUACAAGGUGCCUCACAUCACACUUGUAGGGCGAGGCAAACGCCAACUCUGCGGUGAGGAUGGAGAGGACCAAAGGAAUACAAAGAAGGCUAAAACGGAUUCACAGACUCAUGGUGAUGAGGGGAUUUGCUGGCAGGUCAAUUUUGAGAGGUUCCAUCUCCACUUCAGAGACCAGGCCAUCAUCAGUGCUGUAGCCAACAAAUUGGAUCAGACGAGCAGUGAGAUAGUGAGGACUAUGCUGAGGAUGAGUGAGGUGACGACCUCGCCCACAGCCGCCUAUACGAAGCCUCUCUCAGCCAACGAGAUCUUCAGGUCCCUCCCGACCAGCUACAACAUCCCCAGGCCCAUCUUAGACCAGUACCUCACGCUACUGGUUGAUGACCCGAUGGAGUUUGUGGGCAAGUCUGGUGAAAGUGGAGGAGGGAUGUACGUUGUCAAUCUGCACAGAGCGCUGGCCAAUUUGGCUCGAGCCACGCUUGAGUCUGUUGUACAAGAGAGAUUUGGCUCCAGAUCAGCGCGCAUCUUCCGUCUGUUGCUAAGGAAACGUCACCUGGAGCAGAAACAGGUCGAGGAUUUUGCAAUGAUUCCAGCCAAAGAGGCCAAGGACAUGCUCUACACGCUGCUUUCAGAGAACCUGGUCCAGCUGCAGGAAAUCCCAAAGACUCCUGACUUUGCUCCCUCUCGUACUUUCUAUCUUUACACCGUCAACCAGCUCCCGACUGCAAGAAUGCUGCUUCAGAACUGCUACAAGACAGUCGGCAACCUCAUAGAGCGACGGCUGUUUGAGUCCAAAGAGAGCAAGCGUCUGCUGGAGAAAUCCCAGCGAAUCGAGGCCAUUCUGGCAUCUCUGCAGGCCAGUGGGGCCGAGCCUGAGCAGCUGACUGAGGUCGAGGAGAUGAUCACUGCUACUGAAAAGCAACAGCUGGAGGCCUUACGGCUUCAUAUCAACAAGUUAGAUUCAGCAGAGAACCAGGUGGAUGAAUCCAUCUUUCUUAUAGAGUCCUACGUCACCUCCACUGCGUCCACAAGUUGAGGGCAUUACAACUCAAACAUUGUACUUUUGUGGAUUUUCUCCAUUAUGUUUUGUGUAUGAAUGCUGUCUAAGUAUGGCUGUUUUAUAGUUUAUAUGACUGGACUGAUUCAAUUUGCAGUGCAGUAAAAUUUGAAUAAAUGUUGUUUUUAUUUCACGCAUCAGCAAAUUAAUAAAUUGAGCAUGAGAA